UGGAGGAAAGAAGAGGAAGAAGGAGACGUCCCUGGGCUGCGCGAUAGGCUGAUCUCGCGAGAGGCCCCGUGGGGACAGCGCUGCUGGGUGUAGUUGGUCUCCUCUGUCCAGUGGCGUGGUCAGCCGGGUUCUGAGAAACCACCUCGAAAUCCUGGCCGUAGCAAAUUUGGCACCUUCUAGGAUCGCUACCCCCGCAACUCCAUCUGAUCAGCCGAGGAGCAUGUGUUUGCGUCGGCCAGUCUGCAUUCACCGCACGGGCUCCUCAUCUUUUUUGGGGCCAUGGACCCCUCUGACUCCUGGUGAAGCCUGUGAAACCCUUUUCAAAAUAACGUUGUUUUAAAAUGCAUGAUGGAAGGCAAUGCUAGAUUUCAGUUAGAGAUGUUAACAACUGACUCCAUCACUACAUGCCUGUCUCCCCCAGUAUAUGAUAUGGUUUGCAGACUUGGGUUUGAAGUCAAAGAAAGCCAUGAUAUCCACAGCAUUGUAUCUCAGCAUGGUGAAGUGUGCUGGAAAACAAUUGCUGAAUGUAUGUGCUAUACAGAUUCAGAAAGACAAAAUGUGGAUUACUUAAAGAGUGUGAGCCUCUUGGGUCCUGUAUGUGAAGCUGUUCACACUCAUAUGUAUUCCCUGACUAAGGCACAGUUUGAAGUUCGAUAUGCUUUUUGGUUCCAGUGGACAAAUUUUCCAGAGCUAUUUCCUGAAAUAUUUGUUGCUCUGAAGAGUCUGCAACCUGCAGCUAUUCCUCUUAACUUAAUGAAACUAACCUCAUGUCUGGAACGAGCUUUGGGUGACGUGUUUUUAUUGAUUGGAAAGGAAUGUCCAUUUCUUUUAAGAGACUUGCUUGUAUCUAAGGAGCUUGCUGAAGUGUUUGGACAAUCUGUGAUGGAUAUAGUCAGAGUAUUCAUUGGUUCUCCAUGUGGACUUAAUCUGCGUAAUAUUUUGUGGCAUGGAUUUGUAUCUCCUCAGGAAAUUCCUCCAAACCCUGUGUUUGCAUCUGAUUCAGAGUAUCUCAUAAUUUGCAGAUAUUGCUCGAUGCUAGUAUUGUUGACAGCAGGAUUGGGACAACUAUUAAAAAGUUAUCUUCAGCAAACUAAUUUUACAUUCGUACAUCGGCCUUUCCUAACUUUUGCACACUUAAAGGAAUUGAUCAUUUUUCCUGAUGUUAAUGAUGAAGUACUGUCAGUAGUUGAAGAACUGAUAAAGAAAUCUACUUUUGUGUUGAAAAUCAUGAUCCCAUUUUGGGAAGCUAUGGUAAUGAAAUUCAGAUCACACAGAUAUGCUGACUGUAUAGUACUGUUACUGACACAGCUGGAAACUGGACUCCGAAAAGUCUUCACCACAGUUAAUAAAUGUCCAAAAAGACUUUUGACAGCAGAGUCUACAGCUUUUUACACCACCUUUGAUGAAAUAUUAGCAAAACAAUUGAGUGAUGAUGAAAUCAAUCAUCUUCCUCUUUUCCUUGGAGAACCUGCUAUGGAGUUUCUUUGGGAUUUUUUGAACCAUCAAGAAGGCCCCCGUGUAAGAGAUCGCUUAAGCCACGGGGAGAUCAACUUAAAUGACUUUCCAAAGGAGGUUACAAAUCAGCUACUUGCCUUUUCCGUUGUACUGUUACUCAGAUUUGUUGGAGAAGAUGUGUUAUCAGUUUCUAAGGAGAAUGCAUCAAUCAAAACUUUAAUCAACUGUGCAAAUUGCUAUUGUUCUCAAUUCCAUCCAGUUUCUCAGCUUAAAAAAAAGAUUCUGUACUGUGAGAAAAGCAUCAGAAUAUGGCCUCAGCUUCCAUUAGUGCCAGUAGAACAUGUUCAGGAAGAAACCAGAUUAGAAGGCAAUUCUGAAGCCAGUAAUUGUUAUCAUUUGAUUAUAAAAAUUUCCUCUGAACUCCAACAUUACAUGUCACAAGGUGACUGCAAUUUAAGUAACUUACUGGAUAAUCCUCCCACAGCAAAGUGGUCCCUUUUGCUUCAUGAGCUGUGCAGCAAACGCAUCCGAACUUUAUAUUGUCCACGGCCUGUCCUUGAAGUCCUUGUUAUUCUUCAGAAAAUAAGUGUGCAUUGCCACCUAGUGUCUGAUCAAAUUAUUGCCACUACAGAAAUAAGAUUUAAGCAGUGGAUGCAAAAGACACUUCGAUCUCGCCAGAGGCAGAACUAUCUACGCAUGUUAAACAGUAUUAAGCUUUUGUCUCCUGUACUCCAACUAAUAUUAUUGCUGAUCACACUGGAAUUGGUCAACAUUCAUAGUGUUAAUGAAAAAAAUGCUUGUGAAUACCAGCAGUACUUAAAGUUCUUGAAGUCAAUCUUGCAGUACACUGAGAAUUUGGUGACUUAUUCUAACCAAGAAAAAAACAAAUGGGAUGAAUCCAUCAAUAUUACACAUCUAGUUUUAGUAAAAAUAUCGACUUUUAGUGACAAAAAGCAAAUGUUAAUACACUUAGCCAAGGGAAUCCCCAAAUAAAGUUAUUUUAUGACAAUUCUUCAUGAGCAAAGGCUAAUAGUAUGACAGUUUUUCCUUCAGUAGUUUCCUCUUAGAUUGAAAAAUUUUGGAAGCCUAACAUGUAGUUUCCCAAGCUUCUUCAAAUUUGGUAUCACCAAUAUAGCCUAAGUCCUGGAAACCCUUCAUUCCCCUAUUGCAAGAGCAGCGAGAAAAUAUAAGACCUCACAUUUUGUUCUAACAAUACCUUUCCUGAAGUGAUUCACACAGCUAUCAUAGCAUAUUGAUGUCUAGACAGAGAGUCUCAUCUGAGAGUCUCAGAGUACCAUGUGAAUAUGAAUUCAUUAAUCUUCUCACCCUUUGAGUUUUGUAGGGAAACAAGUUUCAUUCACUUCAUAUUUGAAAGUGGGAAACCAAGACAGAGCUGGGAUAGGAAUCUAAGUCACCCAGCUUCUCAUAAGAAAGAAGAGGAUUAGUCCUAGUUACUUUACUAGUUACCUUUCUUUCUACAGGAAUGGGAAAUUCAGCCUUACAGGACUUUUUGUGAAAUAACACAUAAAAAUGCAAUAUAGAAUCCCUUAUGGGGAUUUGAAUGACAGGCCGAACCAUGUCUAAUUGAAUCUGACUCAGAAAAAAAUGUCUCAAGCAAUGAGAUGUCCAUCGUUUCUCUCAAAAGAUUAUUCCAGAGCCAAACCAAACUGAGGGUCUUUUCAGAUUGUGACCACAGCACAAAUGCAGAGUCCCCUAACUCCUCACUUAUCUUACCAGCAGUUGCAAAAGCAUGUAGAAAAACUAAAGCUGUUUAACAUUUAGAUUGGGGAAAGGUAACGCUAACAGACUAGGUAAUAGGAAUUUAGAAAUUUCACUGUUUUCACUAAAUAUUUUUUUAUCAUCUGUACCCUUAUGUUUAUUUUAAGUCAAACUGAAGUUUUUUUUAGUAACAUUCUAGUGUGUAAAUCACUUUUAAUAAGAUGCAAAAAAAAAAUUCUUUUUACAAAAACAAGUGGCCCAGUGGGACAGGUGGGAAGAACACUGGUUUUAAAGUCAGAGGAACUGAUUUCAAAUCCUGUUUCUAAUACUAAUACUUACUAGUAUGACUGGAAAUUUAACCUCCUCAUGCCUCAGUGUCCUUAUCUAUAUAAUGAAGGGGGUCGGACUAGAUCAGCGGCUUUAAACUUAAGUAAAAACGGGUGAUAGGGCACUCAGCCAUACAUAAGGAUCCCCAUGGGCCACAUACUAACUUAGAAACUCACGUGUUAACAUUAUCUGUGUUUUAUUGUAUUUUUACGUAUUUUGCUAAAUAGCUCCCAAUUAUGUUUUAAAAUCUGGUUCAGGCUGCUCUUGUGUGUCUGACUCUUCUGAACUAGAUGACCUCUGAGCUCCCUUUCGGCUCUGGAUCUAUGGUCAUAUUAAAUCAUCUUGUGGAAAAAAAGAAUCCCUGUGAAUUGUGGUUUUAGUGAUAAUCAGUCUCAUCUGAGCUUCAGCAACCUCUCAUUAGAGAAUUAGUAUUAAAACGAAUUUGCUCUAUCAGAUUAGAUCAAUAAGUCCAUGUGGCUCUGUGUAGACCAUCUUUUUAGGGCUAUGAAACUUGUCUUGGUUUAAUUGUGCUUUUUUAUUUGUGAUACCAAAGGUCUUGAUUGUCCUAGACCUUUGCAGUGAUCGGUGCAUGGCCAGCGGGGGGAAAAACUCGAUGGAUCUCAUAUUUGGGUGCAUUGCUGAAAAUGUUAUCUGCAAUAAAAUUAAGUAUCUUUCAUUUGUAAGUU